AUGAGACAACGACAGUUUUGUAUUGCUUCUCCAUGUAGGAAGUUUGUUGCCACUACCAAAUCAAACAAUGCAUUAGAAAUUCAAAACGUAGACAAGACUAUACUAAACACAUUUAACAUCCAAAAUAUUGUUGCUAACUAUCUUAAAACACAAACAAGGAAUACAUUCGUUGAUAUAAAACAAGUUGAAUGGGAACAUAUACUACCAAACAGUUCUAGUAAACUCAUAGCAGUUGUUGUGGAUAACCAUGCAUUGGUAGUCAUUAUCGAUAUCACAGACACGGUCAGUCCUUCUAUUAUUAUACGACAAACAAAACAUGAUGGCAUUGAGAAGUGCCAAUGGAUACCCCCACCUUCAGAUAUACAACAAACUAACGAAGGAGCAUAUUCCAAUUCAAGACAAAUCGCUGUCUUCACCAAACAUAGAUUAAGUUUGAAGGUCUACUCCCUAGAUUGCACUCAUAUCUUAUUCACCAUUGAAAAACCAGUAAUAGAUCACAUAAUAAUUCGACCAAAUAAAGAUUAUAGAUUUUGGUCAAUACUCGGCAACACAAGGGAAUAUAAUUCCGCACCUAUAUUAUACCACUUCUACAACCAAGGCUCAAUAAGUGUGUUGAUACAUAAAAUUAGACUCUCUCAUCCAUACAUUACCCCCCCACACAUUACUUGGUCUGAGUCGGGUAAUUGGAUUAGUGUAUUUAAUGACGAUGAAACUUUAUUUGGGUAUCAUUUAAUGGUAUACUCCUUCUUAGGUAUAACAGAACCCAAGAGAGUCCGCCCAAUUAUUGAUGUUGAAUUCUCGACUGAAGGAUUUGAAUAUAGAGAUAACUCCCCAGCUGAAAUGAGCCCAGUUAAAUUCACUCAUAAUUGGUUGUCAACUAAUGAAUCUGAAUAUUUUUUAAUUUCAAGAAUAAUUGAUGCAAAUAUUAAAGUUCAGAUCGUUGCCAUGAAGUUGUUAAGAGUAGUUAAGGAUGUGACUUUAGAAAUUCCUCAAUUAAUUCAAGGCUGGAAACAAGAAGAGAACCGCAUACAUUUUGGUCAAGUUGCGCUACCAACCAAGCAUACUAUCACACAAGUUAUUAUUGAAAAUUAUAAGGCAUUUUUCAUAUUGAAUAGCUCAGUGAUACUUUAUUAUGAAGUGGUAUACAAGGAAGAUCAAUUCGAGUUUGAUUUGAAAACAGUAAUCACGACAAUUGAACCUAUUAUUGAUGUUAUGAUUAGAGAGGACAAAAUAGUUAUAUGUACCAAUCUGCAAGUAUUAUUAUACGACAUGACGAAGAGCAAUCUUGAAUCAAUAUUUAAGUCAUUCACCAAAAUAUCAAGAAUUAGUUAUGAGAAGGAACUCAUUGUAUUUUAUGACCAGUUGGUACAUUGGCAAGUUAUUGAAGGAAAGAACAAUGAAGCAUUAGUGUUAAAGAAGAGAAAUUUGUUGAGUGCAGCUUUGGCUGAUGACAGUACAAUUACGGACACAUUUAAUCUUAAGAAGAGAGUCAAACGAUCUUAA